GUGCUGUAGGACAUUCCCAGGCUGGGAAACCUAGCGGAGAGUGAGAGGGAAAGACUAGAGAAGAGGACUAUUUUCUUGUAUAAAAAGGGGGAAAAUUGCUUAAAGGAGGUAAUGUAGGCUGUUUGAUAACGACUGUUUUUGCGGAGAAUGCGGAUAGGAAGCAAAUGCAGGAAAGGAACUGAGGACUAUGUAGGAAUUCCUGACUGAAGUCAUGGGUUCGGAGGCAAUGGAGGACUGUGUGCAGGGGGCGCUCUCAUCGCUUUAUCCUCCCUUUGAGAGCACGGCACCACCCCUCCUCUCCCAGGUCUUUUCAGUUCUGGAGUCGACCUAUCAACACGACAGCCUUCGCUACCUCCUGGACUACUUCGUUCCUGCCAAGCACCUCCUGCACAAACUCCAGCAGCACGCCUGCUCUCAGUACCUUGGCUGCUUGUUCCUUCACUCCGGCUGGCCUCUGUGUUUAGGGGAGAAAGUGGUCAUACAGCUGUCCACCCUGGACUGGAGGAUCCUGCGCAGUAAUGACUUCUACCUGCAGGUUGUUCCUUUCUCGACGCGCUGCCCCCGUCUGGCCUUAAAAUGUCUGGCCCCUGGGGGGCGCACAGUUCAGGAAAUCUUGGUACCCGAGUCACAGCACCCCCUUGUGUUCACCGCUGAGUGGCUGCACAGCGUCAACAAAGAACGGGGCUACAAGAGAGAAGUUGGAGGAGGACUUGACACCUGCCUGGUCAGUACCUGUGACGGUGUCAUUCGACUUCCGUGGAAGGAGGUUGUCUACCCAAAAUUCAUCCAUGACCCUUCUGAGGAGCUGGGCCUGAUGUCCAACCACAAGGGCCCCACAUCCAACCGCCUGCCCAGUGAGGGGGGCAGCAGCCUCGGGGGCUGGGGUGGCUCAUCGUCCGGAGAACUGGACUCCUGGUCCUGGGAUGAGGAGGAAGAUGAUGGUUUAUCACCAGACGGCUUGGCCUCUGAGCCUGCACUUCCUCGGCGAAGGCGCAGCGAAGAUGGGCUCGGGCGGACAGCGAGGCACCCUCAGCUGGACGGGGACUAUGUGGAGCUGUUGGAGCCCAGAGUGGGUCCUGAUGGAGGGGUUGACACGAGGCAGAGGUAUCUGGAGAUGCAUGGAAUUUGUAAGACGAAGACUUUGCCUCUGUGCAGGAGAGGUAAAGCUAUCAAACUCCGGAAGGGCAGAGCUUGGGGAAAUGGGAGACUGGAAGGGUCAGGAAGCUUUCGUGCCGUCCUUGGCGCCAAAAGAGACGUAGGUACCCCAAAAGGUGACAUUUUACCACCUCGGCCUCCACCAGUAGUCACUGAACCUGGCAGAGGGAGGCGGUCUUACUCCUCUUCUGUCCACGACUCUGAUGAAGGAGACAAAACAAGCAGAGACUCUGAGGGCCUGGAAAGCCACCGGCUUUGUUUUGAUGGCCUUUUCAAAGAGAGGAGGCCCGGCGUGGGCAAGGAGAGAGAUAGCAACGGCCUCACGCAGCCGUGCAGAGACAAUCACAAAGGUAAAGACUCUGAGAGUGGCGACAGCUUUGUCGCAAACGAAAUCCAUGACUUGACAAACCACAAAAUCGGGCACAUUAUAGAGGGCCACUCAGAUCAUGGAUCUCAUUCAGACUCUGUUUUCGAGGAUACAGAUAAACCACUGAGCGGAGACAGUGAUGCCACAACCCCAACAUCAGACGCACCAGAGAGACCAUUCACUGGAGAAAUUACCAACAGCGGGUCUAAAAUGAAGAACUCGUCAAACCCAAAGGUGACAGAGGAAAGGGAUGACAGGAAGACAGAGGACAGAGUUUGUCCCAGAGGAAAGGAAGUUAAAACUGCAGGAUUCAGGGCACCAAGGAGGAAAAGGAAGGGAAAGGGGGCCAAAGGUAGGGCUAGGUCUGGUGGUCGUACACACCAGAAGGGAUCAAAACAUCAGGGUAAAGCUGCUCAACCAAGUCCCACCACCUGCUCUGCUUUGACAAAGCUGCCAACCACAGAGGAGAACCAAAGAAAACAGGCAGACGAACCUGACGGAGUGCCCCCUUCAAUUAAUGAAGACACGAGGAAAACCAGUGCAGAGAAAGAAGCUGAAUCUUUGCCUGUCUGCAAUGGCCAAUCAGGCACAUCCUUACUAAACCACUCUAAUGAGGAGGCCGGGUCAGGAGAGACGUGUCCGGACCAAAUAAAUGCUGUUACAUCUAAAGUGCCUCCCCUGCUGAGGGAACUGGACACAGAGCUCCUGCAGUCAGGGAAGCUAAAGUUGACAGGUACAGUGGACAGGCUGGGACGUGCUCUGGUUGUCACAGAGAUGGAUGCAUCAGAGGAGAGCUGCUCUGAGGAGGAGAUGGCCCGGGUCUUGGCCUGCUACCACAGAAUCACUCGGCCUGCAGCCAAAGAAAAAGGUCUCACAGUAUUAAUGGACUGCAGACGCUCUCCACCCUCCACCCUCGGCCUCUCCGCUCUUAAAUUGUUCCAGGUGUUGGUUCCUGGCGGCCUCGGAUCUGUUCUGGUUUUGGUGGAAGAGCAGCAGGAGUCCCUUUCUCAUAAUGUAGAAGGAGCAGAGAUCCACAUGGUGCGAGGAACAGGGGUCCUUCAGCAAUAUGUUGACAAGCAACAGCUGCCCAAAGAGAUGGACGGAGACUUCACCCACUGUCACUCCGACUGGCUGGCCUUCAGACUAAGUCUGGAGAGUCUGACAGAGCGUUGUGAGAGCGCCCUUGCGCUCCUCGGAGAAGCACUGCAGUCUAUGGACACUGAGCCGAUGCCAGACAACAUCAAGGCCGUUCCUCUGAGCAUUGACAAACACAGACAGCUGAUGGCGAGCGUCCUGGCCGACCAGCGCUUAACUGAACCACAGCAAAGGGGCGGGGCCUGGCUCGCGGGACUGACCAAUAGUGCAACUGGACUGGCACAUAAGUCACCAGACUGCAGGGCUGCUCUUGCAGCAACCUCUAAACUCUACGACAGCGUGGAUGACGCCCUCCAUCGGCUCGUCCGACUGUCCAACCAGAGAGGUCGGGACCUGGAAGCUCUGGGACGACUAGCGGGGCUGGUGGACAAACUGGAAAAGUGUGAUAAGGAGAUUGAGCAAGUACAGUCACAGCUGGAAGACUACAAGGACCCUCCUCUGUCCCUCAGCAGACUCUCACUCAAACAGCAGAAAUUCAAGACAUUCAGAGAAACAGCCAAUGAGCUGUACAGCGAGACUCUGUCAGUGCUCAGCAAUUUGGAAGGCUGGUGUGAGUUGGACUGGGCAGGCCUAAGCGACGUCCAGAUCCGACUUCCUCCGGUCAGGGAGAAACUGAGAGACAUGUCCCACUGUCUGUCUGACUGCUGGACCACCCUGGAUAACACACAGAGGCUGCUGUCCACACUGACUGAGGCCACCCAGUGGUGUGAGGUAGUCUCCUCCACCUCCUCCUCCCCGUCUUCCUCUUCUUCCACCUGCCCUCUCGCCUCUCUCCCCCCGAUCCCCCCGUCCCGUUUCCAGGAUGCUCGUUCCUUAGCCAUAGAGCUGGGCGGCGGGGCGCUCCUGGAUCUCUGGACCCAGACGGUAGAGCGCUACCAGCGCACUGUAGCGCAGGUUAAACCUCGCUUCCUCCAGCCUGACAGGGCCCAGAAUCAGGGCCAGGGGAGGCCAAAGACGCCGUCUGCCAGCAGCCUGUGGGACCUGAUGGGUUCUGAGGGAGAGGCCGACUGGGGACUGGGAGCUGGAGGAGGCGAGGGGGGGCUGCAGUCCUGGGGAUCUCUGGCAUCGCUGUUCAGGCCGCAGACCUGCUCCACGCUGAAGAUAGGAGAGGAGAAAGGGAAUAAGAAAGAGGGAGCAGUGGGAGGAGGAGUAGGCGGAGCUGGAGGAGGGAAGUUCCUGCAGAACCUUCUGAAUCCUGCAAAGAAGAGUCCCACGGAGGCCCCGCUCCCUCCCAAGCCCCCCAGGAAGCGUCACCCAAGCUUUGACCUCCAGGCUCUUCUGGCUCCCCGCAGAGGCACGGCUACCCCUAAACCUGAGCCCCCGGCGGGUGGGGCGAGCCGCAACUCCCCCAUGUCCUGGCUGGGGAGACGGACGGCAGCUGACCCAGUGAUUGCCACUAGCAUGGCUGCAGCCAUCCCUGGAUGGGGUGGAGGAGGAGGAGGAGGAGGAGGAGGAGGCGUGUUAAUUCGAGGGGUGGAGGUCAGCAGCAAGGAGGUGGUGGACCACACGGGGUCGCCACGGCAACACGUGCUGCUAGGGAGGACUGAGAGGGAGACAGGGACAGAUAGGGCUGGAUCAACUGCACAGAGUAAGCUGUACCUGCUCUGGUGUAGGAUGCUGAGUUCAGAGAGGCAGUAUGUGGCCGUCCUGAAGGGGGUAGAAGAGACCUACCUCCCCUUACUGGAGCUCUCAGACACCCCGGCCUCCAUCAGGGGGAAGGCGGACACCCUCUUCCCCAACUGGGCCAGCCUCAGCACCUUUCACUCGCAGAACCUACUCCCUGCCAUGGAGGGCGCUCUUGUGCAGAGCUUGUUGCAACAGGACUGCUUCAGCAAAUAUCGGGAGCAGUUCCUGCAGUACUCCCACUACAUCAGGAGCAAACCAGAACUGGACUCUCCGCUGGUCACACAGGCUGCCGACUUCUUUAAGUCCAAACUCCCCCCGGCCUCCCCCCUCUCCCCCCUGUCCUUCCCUCACUGUCUUCAGGCUCCCACUCAGAGGCUGGAGCAGUACUGCGAGGCCUUAGAGGAGCUGGGAGGGAUAAACCCUGCCUCAGACUCCGCCCUCUCCAUCCUGAGGCACGCCCAACAGCAUGGCGAGGACCUCAGGGCCAGUGACCUCAUCGUCGGAUGUCCGAUCCCAGUGGCGGAGCGCGGCGAGCUGGUACGGCAGGGCGAGCUGACGGUGUGCGGGGGGGCUCGCAGGAAGCGGGCGGGCGUGAGAAAUGUUUUCCUAUACCAGCACAUCGUCAUCUUCACCAAACAGAAGAGCCCCAGUCCGGGACGCACCACCUACAGCUACAAACACAGCAUCAAGACCAGUGAGAUGGGUCUGACUCAGAGCGUGGGUGGGGAGGGAGUGAAGUUCGAAGUUUGGGUCCGACAGGCUCCUCGAACCAGAGACUGCAUCACGCUGCAAGCCAAGGACAGGGAAGACAAGGCAGCCUGGACUCAUGACAUUGCCCAUCUGCUGUGGACACACGCCAUCAACAACACAGAGUUGUGUCUGAAGGAGUCACUCUGCAUGGGAAUUUCCAGUAAGCUGCUGCUGGACGCGACAGGAACUCAAGGCUCAGAACUGGACUCCAUCUACAGUCUCAAUGACAGAGUCCACAGUAGCUGCUCAGACUCCUCCUCUGUCGGCAGUCAGAAAGAGGGGGGAUCCCCGGCGUCUGGAAGGGACCCCAGGAGAAGCUCCGGAUCAACAAGUUACUCCCAGAGUCAGUCUCCCUCUACAGCCGUGUAACCGUCAUCUCAAUAACAAAACUGGACCCUGGACUGAAGAUUUAAACAUCUCUAUUCCACCUCUGGGCAAGCCAAACUGGACUUCGAGGAGCAAGAAGACAAAAGAGAGACCCUCAGACUCUAUCUGAACUUCUCUUACAUGCUUGCUAACCUUCCCCCU